AUUGCUCUGACUAUGGAAACGGGUCUUGCCCGGAGAACAAACGGCUGCUGGGCGUCCGAGCUGCCAUGUAUUCAUUCAUGGUGGGAGCCAUAUGCAUCACGGUGUUUGGCAAUCUCGCCAUGAUCAUUUCCAUUUCCUACUUCAAGCAGCUUCACACACCAACCAACUUCCUCAUCCUCUCCAUGGCAGUCACUGAUUUCCUCCUGGGAUUCACCAUCAUGCCAUAUAGUAUGAUCAGAUCGGUGGAGAAUUGCUGGUAUUUUGGGCUUACAUUUUGCAAGAUCCAUUAUAGCUUUGAUCUGAUGCUUAGCAUAACCUCCAUUUUCCAUCUUUGUUCAGUGGCCAUUGAUAGAUUUUAUGCUAUCUGUUACCCUUUACAUUAUUCCACCAAAAUGACGAUUCCAGUCAUUAAACGGUUGCUACUUCUCUGCUGGUCAGUCCCAGGAGCAUUUGCAUUCGGGGUGGUCUUCUCGGAGGCCUACGCUGAUGGAAUAGAGGGUUAUGAUAUUUUGGUCGCUUGUUCCAGUUCCUGCCCAGUGAUGUUCAACAAGCUAUGGGGGACCACCUUGUUUAUGGCAGGUUUCUUCACUCCUGGGUCUGUGAUGGUGGGGAUAUAUGGCAAAAUUUUUGCAGUAUCCAGAAAACAUGCUUGUGCAAUCAAUACUGUACCAGAAAAUCAAAAUAAUCAAAUGAAGAAAGACAGAAAAGCAGCCAAAACUUUAGGAAUAGUGAUGGGUGUUUUCUUAUUAUGUUGGUUUCCCUGUUUCUUCACAAUUUUAUUGGAUCCCUUUUUGAACUUCUCUACUCCUGGAGUUUUGUUUGAUGCUUUGACAUGGUUUGGCUAUUUUAAUUCCACAUGUAAUCCCUUAAUAUAUGGUUUCUUCUAUCCCUGGUUUCGCAGAGCGCUUAAUUACAUUUUACUAGGUAAAAUUUUCAGCUCACAUUUCCAUAACGCUAAUUUGUUUAUUCAAAAAGAAACUGAAUAGACUUAUUCUGCAUGAGUGAAUUGAAGAAAUAGAACUGGAACUUAGAAGAAUUAAGUCACUUAAAGUGUGCAUGUGAGAUUUGUGGCUGCCAUGGAAGGCUCUUAGUUUAUAAGACUUGAGGGAAAAAAAGGAGUCAUCUUUUUGAACUAAAAACCCCUCCUUUUCAGAAUACUUCAUAUACCCACUACUUCCAGGUAAAGAAAAAAUAAUGUUAGAAAGGUGAA